GCCGGGGAGUUGAAGGCGGCUGUGAGCCCAUGAGGACGGAGCGGUGGGGAAGGACCGGGAGGGCUCCGGACCUAGAAAUCCUGGCUCCGCACCCGUUUCCAGCCGACGCUCCCGAGCCGGGAGCUGCGAUGCCCGGUGCCGGCACCUGUAGUCUGCCCGCCCCGCCCGCCCCAUUGGCUCCGGGCACGGGGGGCGGCCCCGCACCGCCCUUCUCGCCCCCCUGUACAGCCCGGGCCCAUAUUAACGGACGCCGAGAGGCGGAGGUUCUGCAGCGGGCGGUGGCGCCGGGCCAGCACGAUGCCGCGCUCGUUCCUGGUGAAGAAGCACUUCUCGGCCAGCAAGAAGCCCAACUACAGCGAGCUGGAGAGCCAGACCGUGUUUGCUGCCCCGCUGCUGUAUGAGACGUGUGCGCUGUCCGUCAUCCCUCCACCCGAAGUGCUGGGCCCUGGGACCUAUUACCCGCCACUGGUGUGGGAUGCUGGUCUGCUCUCUAGCCUUUUCCCAGCUGGCCUGGGCACCGAGGCAGAGGCAGCAGGUGGUGCAGCACCAGCCCUGGACCUGACGACACUCUCUAGUGAGGAGGAUGAGGGCAAGAGCUCAGGGCCACCCAGCCCGGCCACAGCCCCUGCUGCUGCUGAGCGGUUCCGCUGUGCCCAGUGCACCAAGGCCUAUUCCACCUUCGCUGGGCUAUCCAAGCACAAGCAAUUGCACUGCGAUGCUCAGACCAGGAAAUCUUUCAGCUGCAAGUACUGCGAGAAGGAGUACGUGAGCCUGGGGGCUCUCAAGAUGCACAUCCGGAGCCACACGCUGCCCUGUGUCUGCAAGAUGUGCGGCAAGGCCUUCUCCCGGCCCUGGUUGCUGCAGGGCCACAUCCGCACGCACACUGGUGAAAAGCCCUUUUCCUGUACACAUUGCAACCGGGCCUUUGCUGACCGCUCUAAUCUGCGCGCCCACCUGCAGACCCAUUCAGAUGUAAAGAAGUACCAGUGCAAAACCUGCUCCCGGACUUUCUCCCGAAUGUCGCUGCUGCACAAGCACGAAGAGACGGGUUGCUCAGGGGCACGCUGAGGACCAGUACUCCUUUCCCGUGCAGAUACAUGUAUUGUACCUAGUGUUUGUAGGAGUUAGUUCCCUCCGUGCUGCCGCUGCCAUGCACUUCGGACUGUAUGCAGCCACAAGACAUGCACGCUCCUCGUCCUGUGCUCCUGUGCAACCCCAAGGCCCAAUCCUGCUCCCAUCUGGACAUCUUUGGGUGCAGGGUGGACUCCCAUGAGAGGAAUAAUGAGGCCUGGAGCAUAGCAGCACCUCGCAGGUGGCACUGCAUCCUGCAUUCUGGCGUGCCACCAGUGUUGGGCAUUGCAGCUGUGUAGCUCUGGGGGUUACUUUUCUUUUCUGUUUUUUUUUUUUUUUUUUUUUUUUUUGCCAUAACCACUUGGUAAUUUCUAAGAACCAAUAUUUUCUUUAAUGAAAGACGAAGUGUUAACUCAACCUCUUUCCCUCUCUCUCGAUUGUAUAUAAGCUGCAAGUAGGUGUAACUAUGCAAUAAUACAGUAUCACAUUAGUUGUGAAGCAGCUGCUUCUUCCCAGCACAAUGACAAUUUGCAAUGCCUACAAGAUUAACGGUGUCCAUAAAAGGCAUUGGUAGCUAUUUCAAACAAGAAUCCUGUUUACAGAGCAGCUAUGCACUCAAGCACCUGUUAAUAUGACUCUUAACAACUGCUUUUCAAAGAGGACUGUGACUAAUAGCCGGCACUUGUCAGAGAUACAAUGGUGGCCUGUCCAAAGGCUGCCCACCGACAGGUGUGUGCCAGAAGGGCUAUUUAUGGUUUUUGACAGGUGCCUCCUGAAUGCGUCUCUUUGGACAUUGUUUUUACAGAAUCAUAACAAAGAGGAUGUUUACGUUUCAAAGGUACACUGGUAUUUAUAUUUUUGUGCCAUAAUUUUGUACUGAUAAAACUUUUAUAUAAUUAUAUACAGUUUAUUGAUAUUCAGUAAAAUGGUUAAUUUAUAAUCUGGUUCUGUGUGUGCUUGGGUGAAUACAUAGCUGAGCUGAGCACGGUUUGGGGAGUGGGGUGCGGGGCCCCAGCAGUUCUCCUGCUCCUCACGCUGGCUGCAGGUGAACCACAAGUGCUGUUGCAUGGCAGGGGCUGUGGCACAGCCGUUUGUUGGGGAAGGAAAAGGUAGGCUGAGUCAGUUCCUGCAGCCGUGUGGGGCUGGGGGAAGAGGGCAGCUGUGAAGAGACGUGGGCAGGUAGAGGGCUGCUGUUGGGACUGCAGUGGGGAGUACCUGCUAUGCCUUGAGAUUCCCCGUGGGAACAGUGCUAGGGACCACCAGGACAUAGGUGGGUGACUGGGUGACCCUGCACAGGUGGUGUGGCCAUGGGACUGGCACAUCCUGUUGUCACAUGGAGCCUUUGGAUGGGGCUGUCCCGGGAGGGGUGAGGUGCACUGAGGACACCCCUGGUGCUCAUCUCUGCCAUUUUCUACAACAAAGUCAUUCCUGUGCUCCAGCCCCCUCCAGAAUUUGGGGCACAUAGCCUCACCACCCUUCCCACUACCUCCCCAGGGAGCUGAGUGUUGGUCCUUUCACCCCCACACCGCCUUGG